AUGGAUCUCGCCGGCACGCUCAUUCGGAUGACAGCGCGGGCUUUCUACGAGACCCGUCACAUCCUGGUCAUCGAUGCCCUCUUCAUACACUCAGUCUUAAACGCCGAAGAUCUGGCUCUUCUCCUGGGAAUGCAGCAGAAAGACGUGCGGAAGCUCUGUGGUCGUCUCCGCGAGGACAGGCUUAUAGCUGUACACCACCGAACGGAGAUGCGAGAAGGCCAGACUCGGCCUCGCGAAUACUACUACGUUCCGCUGUAUCCGGUUAUCGAUGCGAUCAAGUACCGAGUGUCCCGCUUGACCUCGUCCAUCAAAGCGCAGUACACCCCGAACCAGGAGAGAAAGGAGUUUAUCUGCCAGCGAUGUUCGGCCGAAUGGACCCAGCUGGAGGUUCUCGGCAGCGUAGGGCCGGGAGGGUUCGAGUGCCUGCGGUGCAACGCUACCUUGUCGCCCGUGGAUGAAGUCGAAGGUGCUGCCGCGGAUCGGAGCGGCCAUGAAAAGAACAGCAAGCUCAUGGCACAGUUGGACUCCAUCCUGAACCUGCUGAUCCAGAUCGACUCUACCGAAAUACCGCCCAACGAUUUCGAUACUGCAUGGGAGCACAAGGUGGACGUGAUACGGAACCAACACACGAACCCGACCAAAGUUGCGAUUGCGGUCAACAAAAAGGGUUCGUCGGCCGUCAAAGGAGUCAACAAGACCGAUGCUUCGGCGCUGGAGGUCAGCCUUUCUUCCUCUGCGGAGAGGAAUGCGGAGGAACAGGCUCAAAAGGAAGCACGCAAGGCGGCUCUGGAAAAACAAAACGCUCUCCCGGUCUGGCAUACUCAUUCCACCGUCUCUACCGAAGCAAGUAAUCUGCCUACCGUCAAGGUCGAGCCGAACGGUGCUGCGUCAACUACCACAUUGGCCGCCGAUGCCACCACUGAAGACUCCAAAGUUGGCAUCAAAGACGAAGAUGAGGAGAAGAAGGACAUGGACGAUACUAUUGCGACUUACUACGCCGAGAUGGCACGGGAGAAGGAGCUCGAGGCCGCGGAAUCCUCCGAUGAUGAAGACGAGGACGACGAGGAGUUCGAGGACGUCAGUGCCACUCCCGACGCAGGUGCACAGUCGGACUCCGCCACGGUCACGGCCAACGGGACCCCCACAGUCAACGGAAGCGGAGCCGGCAGUGCGAACGGCACCACCGCGGCGAGCGGCAGCAGCCUGAAGAGAGAGCUGGACUCUGAAUCUGGCACUAGCGGACCCAACACGAAUGCGGGGACGCCCAUUACGCCCGCUGAGGAGGAUGGGCCGGCGGCUAAGAAGGUUAAGAUGGAGACGGAGACGGAGCCGGUGGUCAAGAAGGAGGAAGAUGUAGGUUCUGACGAGGACGAAGAAGAGUUUGAGGACGUUUAA